UCCUGAUUGAAUUCCUGCUAGCUGAACGGGAACAGAAACGUGCACAGGAAAAGGGAGCGUAUCUGCUGAUAAAUUAUUUACAACAUUCACAUACAUCGCCACAAGCGUGCAGUUUGUUUAAGUCGUACAGCAUGUAUGUAUAAUCCAUUUCCUCUCGGAUUCAGAAGAUGGGCUGUUAACCAUAGUCAGUUCCCGCAAGUAACGCUGCAGCCUCAAUGAAUCACACGGCAAGUUCCCACGUGACAGACUCUGCAAGAGCAGGCGGGAGCCUCCUCUCAAGCUUGGGCCCUUCUCCGGACAGAAUGCGUUCACCGGACAGCCUGGCCACCCCUAGCCCGAAAGGGGGAACCCCGAACUCCAGCCCGCCCCUACUGCUGUCCCCGGGGUUCGGGGGAGGUGAGGGGGGAGACUGGGAGGGCCGGGAGGAGCUGCGUCUGCGGGAGUUGGAGGAGGCGCGCGCACGGGCAGCCCAGAUGGAGAAGACGAUGCGCUGGUGGUCAGACUGCACCGCCAACUGGAGGGAGAAGUGGAGCAAAGUGAGGGCGGAGAGGAACAAGGCCCGGGACGAGGUCCGGCAGCUGCGGCAGAGGCUGGACACCUUGACCAAGGAGCUGACAGCGGUGCGUAGAGAAAGGCAGGAGCUCGCCAAUGAGAACGAGCAGCUCAGGCAGGAGACUGGACGCCUUCGUGAUGAUAGAACACCCCCCACCACCAUCACUGACGCUACUGCAAAUGCCCAGCAUUGCCUUGCUCUGAACCCACCCUCCCUCAACAACAAGCUGGUCUCCGAAGGGCUGGGGUCCCCUGAGCAGGAGCCCGUGCGGGAUGUGGGUACAGAGAAACCUGAUAACAACAAGGAGCUGGAGCUGCUGGAGUCCCUGCUGCGGGCAAAGGUGGCCGAGGGUCCAGAGAACUGGGAGGGGCGCAGUGCGGGCAGCCUCCGCUCGCCCCUCAGCCGUCAGGACCGCAGCCGGCUGCUCUGGGACGACGUGUCCAUCAUUGAGGAGGACGCCAGCAAGGUCAACGCCCUCCAACUGCGCCUCGACGAAUCACAGAAAGUCCUGCUCAAGGAGAGAGAGGACAAGCUUUCUCUCAGUAAGAGCAUCGAGAAGUUGGAGGCUGAGCUCAGCCAGUGGAAACUCAAAUACGAGGAGCUCAACAAGACCAGGCAGGAGACCCUCAAACAGCUGAACCUGCUGAAGGAGGUGCACCAGGACGAGCUGGGCCGCAUGUCAGAGGUCCUGGAGGAUGAGUUGGGCGCUCGCUCCAGCAUGGACAAGAAACUGUCUGAGCUGCGAGGGGAGAUGGAGAGGCUGCAGGCAGAGAACGCGGCGGAGUGGGGGCGUCGGGAGCGCCUGGAGACGGAGAAGCUGACGCUGGAGCGCGACAACAAGAAGCUGCGCACGCAGAUCGAGGACCUGGAGGAGCAGCUGGCACGCAAACGCAGGCAGGCAGCCAGCGCCCUCGACACCGACCUCAAGAGCAUCCAGAGUGAGCUCUUCGAAAGGAGUAAGGAGCUGUCAGACAUGCGGCAUGUCCACUCCAAGUUGAAAAAGCAAUACCAGGAGAAGAUGGCAGAGCUGGCCCACGCCAACAGGAGAGUGGAGCAGCACGAGGGGGAGGUGAAGAAACUGCGACUGCGUGUCGAGGAGCUCAAGAAGGAGCUGGCCCAGGCAGAGGACGAGCUUGACGAUGCUCACAACCAAACCAGGAAGCUCCAGAGGUCCCUGGACGAGCAGACCGAGCAGUCGGAGAACACCCAGGUGCAGCUCGAACACCUGCAAUCCAGGCUGCGUCGGCAACAAAACCCAUCUCUGUUUGAUAAGAUCCGGAACAGCAGGUUCAGCGAGGACCCAAAUGAGGUGGCCAGCGAUCCUGACGAGGAGGAAGAGGAGCUGCAGAUCCAGAUUCCCUAGUUGACAGACUCUCUGUGAGACCUCAAACACACACACACACACCACAUACACAGACACACAUACAUACAUGGGCCAGGUGACCUUCUAAGAGCUCUGUUACUCUCGUCAGUGGCUGACAAACUGGUGGACCUGCUUAUAGUGCUGGUAUUGUGGAUGUCUGAGAGAGGAUGGCACAUGUUUUUUGUGGCAGCCGCCCAUUUUGUUUAUCAGGUCCUUCUGAGAUUUGUUUGCCCACCAAGGUCACUGGCUUAUCUCCUUCUACAAUAUUGCUUUGGGGGAAAAAAAAAAAAGCUUCAUCCUGGCUUUUUUUUUUUCUCAGCUAGUGAAACUGUAAAGGGUAUAAAUUACCUUGUUGGAAUCCCAGGGGGCUGGUUCUGUUUAAACCACGCUCGAGGCAUCUGUACUGAGAUUACACGCAGCUCAGAACGCUCCUGCAGGUUCAAACUGGGAUUCAAAUGCUGUCCGAGAGGGUUAUCUGAAAUGCAUCUGUGACCAGUGGAUAAUUUCUACCGGCCUCCUCGAAACCGGCACCCAGCAUGUCGGCAACAUUGGUCCGGCCCGAUGUGUGUACAUAAUGAUUUAACUCUGAAACUGAUGUUUGUGCUGAACUGGAACGACGGGUGUUGGGAGACGACAUUCAAAAGCAAUAAACCUUCAAGUAUGUGUAAAAACAGUGACGCUAUUAGGGGACCAAGCUAUUGUCACAGUUACAAUGGACGUUAUUUAACUUUUAAUGAUUGUUAUUACUUGUUCUAUAUACCUGUAUAAAUACUUGGAUCCAGUUUUUGCAGAGCUCUAGGGUGGUGUAUGCACCUCUUCGCUUGGGUCAUUGUAAUUGAGGUUGUAUAUUUUGAAGGGAUGAACAUUGACCCUCUUAUUCCCCCUUGAGUGUUUCUUUACAUCUGCAGGUCAUCUCUACAUUGACAGAUCUUAUGAAGUCUCAGCAAUAAUAGAGCAAGGCUUUCAGAAAAACUAUACAGAAUGUUUACACAAUAUCAGUGCAGUGAAAUUGCAAGCUGCUUGCUUCCAAAUGUUUGAACACACAGGGGGUUACCUGGUCCAUUUAUUGGAAAUGAGGACAUUAUUAUCUGAUUACAGGCAUGUCAGGUCAUCAUUGAUCACCCCCACAAGCAACAGCUGUUACCACGGAAACUAGUCAGGUCUUGUAGGGAAUGUGACUCUUGAGCGAGAGAAAUGGAUAUGUAUGUUUUUAAUUUAAUUUAAAAUACUCAAGUGUUAUUUAUAGAUGGGUUUGCUCAUUUCUAAUUCCAACCCUUAUUUGAUGGUGGUGUAUUGUGUUGUCGUCCACUACAGUAUAGUCAACGACAAAUGUGUUCUGAUAAAAAGUCAAGAUUGCUUCCAGCUUCCCCUGGAGGUUGACCUCAGAUGGCAAUCUCCAAUCAGAUCGCAGAUAUAGCUUACAUCAUUGCUACAUUUUUAAAUGUAUCUGAAUUAAGAUCAGCUUCUGGCAGACACCAUCACCAUAAUACACUUUAUUCUGAUGUCUUUAGCCGCAUUAUACCAGUUGUUUCAUAGAUUUUUUGAAGCCUUUCUCUAUGUACUUGCUCUGUGAACAGCUUUUACUAUAAACCACAAUGGCUGGCUUGGAAAGGUGUAUUACAAUUAGUAACACAAGCUCUCUGACUACUGGAGCCCACAGGAGAGCUACGUGAUCCCAGACAUCCAGACCAUUUCCCCCUCCCAGUAAACUGCAGUGGGAUAUAACCCAUUAUCCCAGUAAGUUUAUUACGGCUUAACACUAGCAUCCGUUGACUGCCCCUCGUAAUCGUUAGGUACUGCAUUUCCCAACGGAUGUUCCAGAGAAACUACAAAUGUAGUUUAAAGCAUUGCCGACAUUUCAGUAGACGGCAUUGUUAAGGUGUCCCUUGUACUAGUUAUUGCCUUGUGUUUGAUAACCCAUCCAUCCAUAUUACUGCAGUAAUACACUACAAGCAAGCUUUACGUUUUAGCAGCAGCUUUAUUGCAACAACCAAGACCCAGAAGGACAGCGAUUGUCAUCUGAAAUGGUGAUUUAAAUUUUUUUUUUUUUUUGGUAUAUUAUUAUUAUUAUUAUUAUUAUUUACUACUACUAUUGCUAAUAUAAGUAGUGUUAAUUGUAAAUCAGUAUUCUAAUUUGAAUGGCUCCCUUACUAGUAAUGAACUGCGUUUUCAGAUAAGUUCCUGUUUAUUUAUUGUUGUUGUAUAUCUGUUUCAGCCCAGUGUUGUAACUGUUUGUUUCACAUUAAGAGCUGAUGUAUAACAUAUUACCAAGAAAGGGUGCUAGGUCACUAAGUUCUGUUUUUAUAGGUUUUACGUACUGUGUCUUCAACCAAAGAUUAUGUAGCAUCUCGUUUGUUUCUUAUGCUUCCUGGGGGUGCUCACUGUGUGCUGAUUGCAUUUGCAAAAAGAAAAAGCAAAUGCUGCUUGCUAGUUUUAUAACGUUGUUUUUUGACUGGGAGGUAAACUGUACACCGGUGGAAAAAGAAUGAAAACCCAGGACUUUGAUUACUUCUCUGUCUGUACCAGUUGAUUUUCUGUGCUUGGAACUGGCUGUUCUACUUUAAAACUCAUACACACACGAUACUAAACACUACUAAUCCAGAGUAUUAUAUGCAUGCUAUGUAUCUUAAAAAGUAAUUAUAUAUUUUUUACUGUUUUACAUGAUGUAAAAAACAAACAAACAAAAACAAAAAUCUUUGUCUGUUUUGUACCAAUCCCUGAAAAAAAAAAAAAAAAAAAAAAAAAAAAAAUCCUUUUUGAAUAAAGGUGAAAAGCCUUCAGUCUGGGGCUCUGUUGUGUUUUCAACAUGAUAUACCCACGGUAGCAAUAAUCCUCCACUGAGUAAACACGAGGAGCCUGUUUCAUGUAUUAUGAAUGGAGGAAAUGUUUCAGAUAUGCCAUUAGUGCUGUUUUUCUGCCACUGAGAACAACUUAAAUGUAUGCCUCGCUUUUUAUUCUAAAAGUUGAGCUGUGGCUAUUUAAGUGCUUGUAUUUUGGAGCUGGAGAAAAAAAAAAUACUGUACAACAGCAUAGGCACAGAGCAAGCUUUCCCAUCAAUUGGGGUCCUUACUAUAGUAUAAU